GCCAUUUUGCUCAGCACGCUAUGUGAGGAUCACAUACCAAAGCGUUGCGAAUAUAUAUUCUAUUUCGUUUUAAAGAGGACGAAAUAGCUCAUAAUGGAGGCCGUUAGAGCUUUCAACAAUGAGCUCUCCUCAUUAUAUGAGGUUCGGCCUCCUAUUUCACGUGCCAAAAUGGCAAAUGUCACUAAAUGUGCCAUUAAGGCCAUCAAGUUCUACAAGCAUGUUGUUCAAAGUGUGGAAAAGUUCAUUCAAAAGUGUAAACCAGAGUACAAAGUUCCCGGUUUGUAUGUGAUAGACUCCAUAAUCAGACAAUCCCGCCACCAGUUUGGUUCUGACAAAGAUGCAUUUGCCCCAAGGUUUACCAAGAAUAUAGUCUCCACCUUCCAGAAUUUGUUUAAGUGUCCCCCAGAUGAGAAGAGCAAAGUUGUCAGGGUACUUAACCUUUGGCAGAAAAAUAGUGUCCUUCCAGUGGAUGUGAUUCAGCCUUUAUUGGAUCUUGCUGCUGAACCCAAUAAUGUAGACAGGGUGUUAACUGCUCAACGUGCUGUGGAGAAGGUGGUGACUGCACACCAGCAGAAGAGCCAUGGUGGUCCAGGGGCAGGACCGGCACAUGCAGGGGCCAGCUCCAACAUGGAGACGAAGCCAGCUCCACAGGAUGUCCUGGCAACACAGAAUGACAUGCUGGCUACUGUCACCAAGCUACUACAACAGACAGAUGAGCAGGGAGCAACUAGCCUGAGCUCCCAGCAGCAUCAGCUGCAACAGCUGCAUAUUCUACAACAGCAGCUGAUGCAGCAGACCGAGCUUAUGCAGAAGCCACAAGAAGCUGGGCCCAUCAUUGACAACAACCUACUGGCACAGAUCCAAACACUUACCAACCAGCUGCUCAGCAAGACAGGAGGAGAAGGGAAGGGGCCACCAGAACCAGGCUUCAACAAGAAACUGCUUGACUUUGACUAUGGCGAGAGUGAUGAGGAUGAUGAGAGGAGGGAGGGUGGUGGUCACCAGGGAGGAAUUCCUGGGUACGGCAAUGUUCAGAACAUCCUGAAUGACCCCACCAUCAUGCAGCAUAUUCACCAGAUGUCGCAGUCUCUGCAGAAGUCGGGGCAGCUGCAGUCCGACAUGGCAACCCAGGAGCAGCUGCACAAGAAGAUGCUGCUGCAGCAACAAGAGGAGUUUGACAAGGAGAUCAAUCAGAGCCACAAAGGGGCGUUUGUGCCAAUUGGAAUGGACAUGCCACAAACCAUGCCGUAUGGUAAUCUGAAUCAGUCCCAUGGAGAAGAAAUGGAUCUGGAUACCAGUCACGAUGAGAAGAAAGAUGAUGACCACGAUCAUCGCCGUAGCUCCCACAGGUCACGGGACAGGUCACGAUCACCAAAAAGACGCAAGAGGUCAAGGUCAAGAUCUCGUGAAAGAAGGCGGAGGUCAAGGUCAAGGGAUCGGCAUCGAAGGUCAAGAUCUCGUGAUCGAGACAGAGAACGACAGAAAGAGAAGGAAAAGGAGCGCAGGAAAAAGGGAUUGCCUUUAAUAAAAGAAAAACAUAUUAGUGUGUGUAGUACGACUUUGUGGAUAGGUCAUAUAUCCAAGUAUACUACGGAAGAGGAACUGCGAGAAGAAAUAGAAAAAUAUGGUGUUGUAGAAUCUGUAAAUAUGAUUCCCCCAAGGGGAUGUGCGUAUGUGUGUAUGGCGAGAAGAAAAGAUGCCUAUAAGGCUGUGGAAAAGAUGGCGAGAGGGUGCAAGAUAAAUGGGAGUACUAUUAGAAUUGCGUUUGCUCCUGGAAUCGGUGUAAAGGGUAAUGAGUACAAGGAGGGCUGGCAUGCAGACCUAGGCGUUACUUACAUAGCAUGGAAUAAGCUGCCACUCGAGAUCAACCCUCUUUGUGAAGGAGGGAUGAUUGAUGAGGACUCCCUUCCCACACACCUCCGAGGUAUGAAGUUUGGUCGGCAAGAGGAGCCUGAUCAGGAUAGUCAGGGAGCUCCUGUGCAAGCUGAGCAGACACAGCAGACUAUUCAAGCUCAGCCACAGUUUGGGGGACCUCUGCCAGGGGUGGUGCCUGUGAUGACCCACAUGAUGCCCCCAGUGAUGAUGCCAGUGCCUGGUCAAAUGCCCCCAACCCAGAUGCCCCCCGGGCAGUUACAACCUGGCCAGAUGCCCCCGGGGCAGAUGCCACCACGACAAAUGGGUGCCGGUCAGCUCCAGCAAGGGCAGAUGCCUCAAGGUCAGCUAGCCCCGGGGCAGAUGCCACCCGGAAUUCCACCACAGAUUUGUCUGCCCCAAGGACCCGCCCCAUCACAAGCUCAGACAAUUCCACAUCCAGGAUCAUUAGGCACCAUGCCUGGUGGUCUGAGACCACCAGCUCAGGCAAUGACCGUUGUGUCCCUCGGUAGCAAGCCAUUGGAGACUGCUAGUGCUCAGCUAAGUCAGGCCAUCCACAACAUAAUGUCAACAUCCAUCCCAACCCCUGGUAUUCAGCAACCACCCCGAGGAGCUCCUCGUCCUGGCUUUCCUCCUCAACAUGGAAGCUUCCCCAGCUUCAAUCCAAAUGUGCCUCCACCAAAUUUCAGAAUGCCAAUGCCAGGGACCCCCGUCAGGUUACCAUUUGGUGCUCCAGGACAACCUGUGAAGCCAGCUGAUGAUAGUGAAAGUGAUAAAGGAAUGGACUGGAGUGGUGACAAUGAACCAGAAGACAAAGAUGAACGAAUGGGUGGUUCUGGUCCUGUAACUGGCUUCCCUCCUCGUCAACCAUUCGGCCCCCCAGGUUCACAAAACAUGCCAACAUCUCAAGCUGUGUCACUGCCAUCACUGAUGGGAAGCCCAAUGGGGCAUGGUCCACGACCACUUAUAUCAAUAGCUCAGAUGCCAGGAAUGCCACCUCGGCCUCAAAUGACUGUUGGACCCAGACCAAGCUUAAUGGGUCCUGGUGACCAACAAGGAAUUGUGCUUCAAGGACCACCUGGUACCCCAACACGUCAACCAGGACCAGGAGGACCACCUGUUUCACUAACAGGGCCAGGUGGACCAUUAAUGCCUGGUGGACCUCGAGGUCCAGCUGUUGGUCUGAGUCCAAGAGGUUUCCCAGGACCUGGUGGACCCCGACCUGGUCUGUUAGGUUUCAGACCAGGUCUCCCAGGACAAGGGUUCAGGUUUGCUUCCCCACAAGGUGGGCCCCCAGGGGCACCACCCAACUUUAGGGGACCGAGACCUCCAUUUGGUAUGGGACCUGCCCCUGAUAUGGAAAGACCAUUCCAGGAUGGGCCCCCAGGUGUAGAUGGGCCCGAGUUUAAUCAUGGUGAAAAAAUGGAAAGGUUUGGUGGCAGUGGAAGACCUCCACCUCUUAUGAGUUUAGAAACUGAAAUGGACAGGUGGAACUCAAAUGAGAGGAGAAAUUCUGGUGAAAAUAUGCAACAAGGUGGUUUUAGAAGAGACUUCGAUCAAGAUGAUGAUGAAUUCAGCGAAAACAGAUUUGGUCGGGACCGUGACAUGGCUAGAGAUGUGGGGCGAGAUCGUGAUAUGAACAGGGAACGGGGAAGAGAUUUCAGAGGUCGAGAACCUGGUAGAGAUAGGGGAGGAUUUGGACAGGGUGGUCAGUUCUUGUACAGAGAUAGAAAUGACCGUAGUCCAAGAAAUGAGCGUGGUGGUCCUGAGCGUGGUGCUCCUGAGCGUGGUGGUGGUGGUCCUGACCGUGGUGGUGGUGGUGGUCCUGACCGUGGUGGUGGUGGUGGUGGUCCUGAUCGUGAAAGAGAUCGUGAAAGGGACAGAGACUAUGAAAGAGAUAGAGAAAGAGAUCGGGACAGGGACCGAGAUCGUGAUCGCGAUAGAGACAGGAGAGGUGGACGCCAUGAUGAGAGGGAUCACCGUGACAGGACAGAUCGUUCUAGAGAUCGAGAAGGUGAAACAAAACCUAGCACAAGGGCAAGAGAUCGUUCUAAUCGCCAGAGUAGAUGGAGUCAAGUUGUCCAGGGAGAAGAUGAUGCUGCCCCUGUAGUGUCUGAAGCUAAUUUGGCAGUAGCAGAAACGGGUGGUGACUCCUCCAAUAAUUCUGCUGCUCCUCCAGUUGCUGCAGCUGCCAUUCCUGAAAGUGAAGCAGGUUUAGCCUCUGUUAGUGAAGCAGGUGAAGCUUCUCAACCACCUGCUGGAGAUGUCAAAGAUGUGACACCGUCUGAGGUGCCUGCUGCACCAGUUGAUGCUCCUGCCCCAGUUAUUGUUCCUGCAGAUACACAGGAAUCAGCCACAGAGAGGUCUGUAGAAGCACAGGACAUUACACAAGCAGCAGAAUCUUCACAAGUCACUGAAUCCUCUGUUCACAGUGUUGAUAAACCAAGUGAAAGCUCACCUGUUCCUGAGGCUUCUGCAACACUUGAAUCUUUUACAGCAGCACAAGAGUUUAACACUGUGUGUGAACCAACCGAAACAUCAAGUGAAGAUGUCUCACAGUUAGAUUCCAAACCCAAUCCAGAGACACAAAGUAAUUCAGUUCCUGUUAAUCAUGGAGAUACUAACAACCAUCAUGCAAAUCUAGUUGAUUCAUCAAGUGUGCAUGAAGCACCCCCUGACACUGUUAGCAAUCAUGAUAUUACAAAUGACAAUGGUGAUGUUCACUCUUCACAAAGUUUAUCUGAAAGUAAACCCCUAGUAGAGACUACGAAUGGGCCUGAUGCCAUGGACUCUGAAAUGAAUAACGGUCCUAUUGAACCUGUGAAAGUAGUGAAAGACAUUGAGGAGCCUGAAGCAGACAAUGUUGUCACACCACCAGGGGAUAUGGAGACUGAGGGCACGGUAGCUAGCUAGUGUCGUUGCUCCCUACGUGGAUGUGAUCUGUGUGUUCCCAACUGUGCUUCUAGAAUCAUCUCAUUCAUCACUCAUCUUCAUACUGUAAUUAUGCUGUAUCCAAAGGAUGAAUGAUGUCUUCAGAUUGCUGCAGACACCGUAUUAAUUUGUACAUAUUGUGAAAGUUGUUUUAUCUGAUGAUUUAAAUGACAACACACAUUCUAGGUACACUCAGAUUUUUAUUACAAGAUGCAGUUUUACUCAAAUCAUGCUAUGAUCAUCAGGAAAGACUUGUUGAAAAAGCCAUUUCAAGAAAUUUUUUUUAUCUUCAAAUAAACUCACAUCCUAUGUUCUUAUUUGUCAAUGUUAUGAAAUGAUUAUGCUGAGAGAAAUUGAAUAAUUUAAGUCAUCUCUUUA